CGCGCAUGCGUGUUCAUGUGACGGACGACAACAUCCUGUUGCUGAGUUAAAAUGUUUGUCCACAUAGCUUGUCAUAAUGCGGUUUUUGUUGUUUUUGAAGAUAUAGUGCAUUAAAUAUAUUCUUUCUUGUGGACUAAGUUACGUGAUAUGCUAUGAAGCUAACAAGGAAACUGGUUCUCGCUAAGGCUAAGGCCUCCGACUUGGAAAGCGUGAAGAAACUGAACUGCUGGGGAUGCAACCUGACUGAUAUUUCUAUCUUCUCUCAAAUGCCCAAUAUUAAGGUGCUGACACUGAGUGUCAACAGCAUCUCAUCUCUGGCUCCUCUAGCUGGCUGUCUGUCUCUGUGUGAGCUCUACCUGAGGAAGAACAUGAUUCCUUCACUCUCUGAGCUCUCUCAUCUGCGCCUGUUGACACGUCUCAGAGUGCUCUGGUUGGCUGAGAACCCCUGUUGUGGAACUGAGUCCAGCCAGUAUCGCCUGACUGUGCUGCGCUGCCUGCCUCGUCUCCAGAAGCUGGACAACCAGGUAGUGACAGAGGAUGAGUUAGCGCUAGCUAUCAUGGAGGGCGAAGUGGUCACCACGCCCCCAGGCAGUGUCCAAAACCACCUUUCCACAAACGGACUUCCAGAUGCAGAAACAGAAAAUGACCCACUCAACUACAACAUGGAGGAGACCAAUAAAAUCAGGGAAGAGUUGGGGAUGAAGCCCCUGUCCAGAGACAAGUUCCCUUCUCUUUCCUCUCCGUCAACCAGAGAAACCAAAUCAUCUAUGAAAAAGACACACACUCUCGAUGCAGUUCUGCUGCUGCUGAACGAUUUGGAUGAAGAGGAGCUCCACAUUGUACACACAGCUACACAGAACAGACUCCAGACUUACACGCUGGACUCAGAAACACUACAGGAUUCACUGCAGUCACAGAAAACUUCUGACAUUCAACACUGAAACAUUUCACAGCAUGCGCUCAGGGCCAAACUUCUCACUCUUUUCCUUGUCCAAACCAAAAGUUCGUCCUUGGAGAUUAGGUAAGGGGUCCUAACCAUGCCCCACUCUCCACCCACUCUCCUGUUAUCUCCUGAUUCCAAUAAGCAUGUCAUGGGAUUUAAUUUCACUCACCUUUUUCCUUUUUAUGGUCCAGUUUUCACAGGUACUGAAUAAUUUCCUUUGCUUUCUGUUUUUUUUUUUUUUUUUAAUAGCAGCAUGCCUACCUGCCUUGUAAGAACAAAAUGUAUGUUUUGCUAAAUGUAGAUCUAUUUCUCUAAUCAGAGUAAAUUGCAAUACACUAACUUUCAAUGUUGAAUUUAUUUACACAGAU